AUGAAUCGAAGUAAUCCUGCUUUUCUGAACAAAUUGCGAAGUAUGGUAGACGACCCAAAUACGGACGAGCUGAUUCGAUGGUCUGCUGCGGGUGAUACCUUUCUUGUGCCUAACCAUGUUCGUUUUGGCGAGGAGGUGUUGCCGCGGUUUUUCAAGCACAACAAUUUUUCUUCUUUCGUUCGACAACUCAAUAUGUACGGCUUCCACAAAGUGCCUCACAUUCAGCAAGGGGCACUGAAGUCAGACCAGCCGUCACAGAGCGAGCUUUGGGAAUUUUCAAAUCGGUGCUUUCAUCGUGAUCACCCUGACUUACUUUCAAAGGUUCAGCGUAAACGCAGUGGAAAAGAACGUGAGCAUCAGCAUACUAACUCGAUCGAUGAGUCAAAUCGUGUCUUGCACAAUAUGAGUGGCGCGCUCACCCGUGGUGAUUUCGAUUCGGUCGGUGAUCCGCAAGAAUGUAUCGAGCGUUGUAGGCCCUGUGCAGAUGACGAAUCUACUAAGUGCUAUCCAAGGUAUCAAGAGCAAUCAGCGCACGCUGAUUGA